UGUCAUCACACUCUUCCCAGAGCAAGUUCACCUGCUACACACGGCGCCUCCCACACUCUUUGUCACCGGACCGCCUGGUACAGGGAAAACUGUGGUGCUGCUGCUGAUGGCCAUAGAGUGGCUGAGAUGUGGUCACGACGUCUACAUUGUCAGUACUUGGUGGGGGAGUCGUUCAUCGAGCAUCAUGCUGUAUCAUCUGCUCCUUUUUAUUGAGAAAAGUCAACUUCUGUCACAGAAGACAUCGACUCAGCUUCACUUCCUGCAGUAUGAUGUCAGACGUGAAGAGGAGGCAGAGAAGGCUGUCAACGAGUUGUUACAGGCAACAAUACGUGGGGUGGCCUAUGUCAUCGCCGAUGAAGUAAAUGGGGACUUCAAGAAUUUUAGUGAAAGGUUGGUAAAGAAAAUUCCUGAUGUACAUGUCUGGGCGGCAAGUUGUUACCAUGGCGACCCACCCGCCGGGUGGCAAAUGGCAUAUUUAACCAGACCCCUCCGCUCUCCACCUGCCGUCGUCAGGGAAGUCGAGCAGAGCAAAAUAAUAGACGAUAAAUAUGUCCUGCGGUACAGUAAGCGUCAUGUACCCGACCACACAGACGGCCCGCCAGUCACACAACUGUAUCACGGAGGUCAGGGUCACUCAGGUGACUGGCCAAUCAACUGUGUCACGUGCGGUCUUGAGGUGGCCAGAUUCCUACACAGUCUCCGUGUUGGUGUUACGGAUACUGUCGUCAUCGCCGGUGGCACAACACCUGCCUGCCUACAGUGGCGAGACGUGCUGGUGUUGUAUGGAGGUAACACUAGAGACAUCUCGGGUUUGUCUGUGAUGACGGGUCUGAGAGAAGCGAGUAUCCCAGUGCGGUUGAUGGAGGAUGAGGACGUUGAGGACGUGGCUACAGCCCGCAGUGACGUGGUGUGGAUGACAAAUGUAGAGCGUGUUCUCGGUCUCGAGAGAAAAGUCAUCGUCCACUUUGUGACGGAAGGUGACGUUGAUUUCUAUGACCGACUUCAACUGAUGUCCCGAUGUACGUCACAACUUUUGAUUGUGUCUCCCUCGUCACAUCACAGUGUUACAGGUGCUCAAGCCCUUCCUUUCGCGGCUACAGAGUCUGGCUCUGUCACAUGUACUACACAAGGUACAAAGACAAGCAGCAGCCCUGUCUCUUCUACCCAGCUUAAGAAACCCAUUUCUUCAAAAGUUCAGUCACCAUUGCCACAGUGGGAUGAGUUCUUGUUUCCUGAUCUCCAGUCUCGUGCCCACUUCCUGCCUCCUGCUUACAUCAGCCGCCGACAGAUGAUUGGUGAGAUCCUUCCUCAUGAAGCCACGAAGGAACUGUUCUUUAAGCUGGAUAAAAUGUCUAAACACAACGGAGAAGUGUUGGUCGGAGUAAGCCGCCUUAAGUUUGGACUGCAUCUUAAUGAAGUUUCUUUAGCUGCCACAGCUACACAGCUGCUCCUACCCUCCAGACUUUCUGACCUUCUGCCGCGGAACUACAGACAGGGGGACACUGACUUGCUUCUUAUUUCCAGAUAUUAUGGGGUAGUUGUUUGUGAGGUGAAAGCUAUUGGCGACAACAAACAAGGGCAGAGAAGAUCAGAGGGAAAGAUGGACAGUGAAAUCAGAAAGAAGCUGCAAGAGGCCGCACUACAGCUGGACGAGGACGAGGCCAUGUUGUCAGACCUAGUGAGCGACAUCGUCCCAGGUCUGCCCAUCAUUAAAACCAUCGUGUUCCCUAACAUCACAGCUAGACAGGUGCAGCAGGCUAUAUCUCGUGACACCAAGCUAACCCAGACAUUGAGUCAGAGUCUGCGAUCAGAAGACCCCUUCGACAUCUGUGGUCUGUGCCUGUGCUCCGAUGAUUUGUCUGACCACAUGACCCCACGGGACGACAGUAGCGACGAGAGGAAACUCAGACAUUGGUGGCGGCGACGUGUGGCUGGGCGUGGGGUUAACGGUCAAAUGACAAGUGACGUGUACAAGGCACUGGUAGCCAGGCUUUCUGGUCCGGCGAAAACAGUGACUGUGCCAUGCGCAAGUCCUCCUCGUGUGAAUGUCAAGACCCUAUUUCAGGCCCUGUGGCGUAGAGAAGAGUGCUAUACUGCUGUAAUAACACUCUUCCCGGAGCAAGUUCACCUGCUACACACGGCGCCUCCCAGACUAUUUGUCACCGGACCGCCCGGUACAGGUAAAACUGUGGUGCUGAUACUGAUGGCCAUAGAGUGGCUGCGAUGUGGUCACCACGUCUACGUCGUUAGUAUUUGUAGUGAGAGUCGUGCAGCGACCGUCAAGUUGUAUCACCUGUUGCUGCAGACAGUAAAGACACAACAGUCGACACGUUUAUCACCCGGUCAGCUUCACCUCCGGCAGUAUGAUCUUGACGAUAAAGACGUGUCGAAGGCCGUCAACGACUUUUCACGGGCGGCGAAAGGAGGGGAGCUGUACGUCAUCGCUGAUGAAGUAGGAAGUGAGUUGAGAAUCAAGAACUUUGGGACUUUCUGUGAAAGGCUGCUGAAACAAGUUCCUAGUCUCCAUCUUUGGGCGGCAGGUUGUUUCGAUGAACACAGACCCGCCGGUUGGGAAGUUAAAUAUUUAACCAGACUCCUCCGCUCUCCAUCUGUCGUCGUCAAGGAAGUCGAGCAGGCCUUGAGGAUCACUAGAUGCCCUGAUGUCGACCUGUACAGUCAGCGAGGUGUGCCCGAGCACAGGGACAGCCCGUCAGUCACACGACUGUAUCAUUGUGGUCAGGGUCACUCAGGUGACUGGCCAGGUGACUGUGUCAUGUGCGGUCGUGAGGUGGCCAGCUUCCUACACAGUCUCCGUGCUGGUGUUACGGAGAGCAGCACAACAGCAUCUUCAACACUGACCUCUACCAUCGGCAGCUCAACACCACCCUGUCUACAGUGGAGAGAUGUACUGGUGUUUUCCUGGGGUUAUCUACGUGAUCAGUCGGGUGUGGUCACAGGACUGCAAGAAGCGGGUAUCCCAGCGCGGGUGAUGACGUAUGAUGACAUCGACGACGCGGCCACGGCCCGCAGUGACUUGGUGUUGGUGACGAAUACACGUCGUGUUUAUGGUCUGGAGAGAAAAGUCGUUGUCUAUCUGGAGCACUCUGAUUUCGAUUCAAUGAGUUUUACGGGGUUUUAUCAAGGCAGCGAUUGCUCUCCGCUACUUAACCUCAUGUCCCGCAAUACGUCACAACUUGUGAUUGUCUCCCUUGAUAUAGCCGCCUGAAGGUGACUAUAACUGACACACCUUUCACCUGUUGUAGUCGUGUGUCUGUUUGAUAUCAACACUUGUCUUCAGUGUUUCUCCUCUUAUACUUUCAGUCUAUCACCACGUCAUCACCUCAUGACGUCAUGCAGUCUGUCUGCAUAAAACCUCUAACCCAAGGGAGACAAUCUGUCAAUGGCAAGCUUUUUGCAGUGCGGGGGGGAAAUAGCCUAGGUUUUCUAUAUUAAGUUAAAUAUUUUCUGUGACGGACAUCAUUAAAAAUAACAUUGUUUAUAUAUAGUUGUGCAAAACUGGAUAGCUUUUGGCUGUUUUUUUCAUUAUGAGUUUCACAAAUUAGACUUGUAAAUUAAUUUUUUAUUCAUUUAUAUUUCAACAUUUUGAUCAAGGAUGCUCUAUAAAUUUCAAAAUAGGUAUUAAGACAAUUAAGUAUUUCUAAUGAGCAUGCUCAUAGCUAUAAAUCCUUGAUAAUAAAAUCUCAAAAUGUAUAAAUUGUAUCAUAAAAUAUGUACUUGAAGAAGAGGAACUUAUAAAUCUCAAAGUGUAGAUCUUUACAUUUGUAAGUUCACAUAUCAGCGAAAUCAUACAAACACACACACAGAAGUAUGUGUGUCCACUGCCAGGCAUUGUGCAAGUAAAAGUGGGGAAAACACUUAUAAUGCAUGUCUAUGCAUACCAUGCACAUAAUUAUUAAAGACUGAAUAUCAAAUGUCACUGUCAAGUGAUUAUUUUUCUUACAUUUAAAAAAAAAAUUUGAUAGAUACAACAUAAAUUAUCUUGAAAGAUGGAGCAGACAAUUGCUUUCUGAAUUUUAUGAGAAAUGUGCAGGUAGUACUUUGAUUUUCUGUAACAAAUUUAUGAAAAUCUACUUUUGUAACAAUACCUGAUGAUAAGUGACAAAUAACACAGUGAAAAUUAAGUUUAAAAAAUGCAGUUUUUAAUGGUAAACACACAAAAACGCAAAUAUUUGAAACAGUUUUAUUGUUAAUUAGAAAUGACAUAUCUGAACACAAGCUCUUGUACUUAUUCUUGUACAAGGAUGAGUUUAAAUCUGAGUUUAAGUCUGUCUCUGUGUUUUGUGUCUGUUAGUUUCAUCUUGUACAGAGGUGUGUGUGUGUGAGAGAGAGAGAGAGAAAGAUCAAGAGAAAGAUAUUCUGAUUCCUAAAUGCAAUUAAAAAUGACACAAGAGCGAGGAAGAAAAUACUUGUAGCCAUGCCAAGAUGCAAUAAAAGUAGACAUUGUGUCAGGAAUUUUCAGGUAAAGGCAAAGUGGCUAAAAAAAUCUGUUCACUUGUUACAGAAUUUCCAUUUUCUAUUAACUAAUAAAUAUAUUUAACUCAAGCUAACUGAUAACUUUUAAGCUUUUCAAAGAUCAAAGAAAUGCAUUAAAGGUAUGGUUUUUAUUUGGAUGAGUCAAUAAUAUAUGAAUGUUAACAAAGGAAAUGUAAGAAUAUUAUGAGUUUACAUUCAUGGAGAUUCAUUAUCUUUAUUUCUAUUGGUACCACAGAACAAAUGUUACUAGGAACAAGAUUAGUUAAUUAAAUGUAAAAUCUAUUCUAAACUCUUUAACUAUGCAUGUUCACUACCAAUUCAAAGGCACAAUUAAACAGACAAAUAAGACAUUAUGAUAUGUUUAGUGUGGUGACUGUUUGUUCAAGAAACUUGCUUAAAAGAAAGACAUAAAAUGAAAAACCAGACAAGUAUAAAGCAAUUAGAAGCAUAACAAUGCAAAAUGUGUGCAAAUCAUUACUGCUAGCAGAAAAUAAUAUAGAAACAUUAAUCGUUUUAAGCUCGAUCGAGGAUAGUAGCAUGACAAAACAUGGUUAAAUAUAAUCCUGUAUUUGAGAACUUUAUAGGGUUAAAAAAAAAGAUUUCAAUGCUAGAAUGAUCAGCUAGCAAAUGUUGAAAUUCCUUGAAGUAAUAGCAUUGAAAAUAAGACUGAAGGAAAAGUUUGAUUUACUAAUUAUGCCCUUCAUUCCGUGUGAUUUUCCUCCAUCUCACUCUUUAAGGUGGUUCUGUUGUCUACAGAAGCAGAAACAAAAUACUUGCAGCAUAUGCAAAAGUUUACACAAAAACUCAUCAGAUUAUUUCUUUUAAGAUAUCUCCGGUGAAUUGUUAUACUGGAAGGGUGAAAUUUAUAGUCAUAAAAUGCAUAAAGUAUGCACCGACAUAAUGAUCUUGUAAGGCUUGACAUCACAUCAGUGUGGGUGUGUACGGUGUGACAUCGCCUGACAAAAGAAGACACUGAGGAAACAAUAGGGGAAAGCUGUUGUAACAAAUUUGAAACUUAUGUGUCUGGAAAUUUUUUUUAAUAAAAUCCAGAUUUGAUUUGCACAGUUUUUCUUGCUUCCUUUCUUUACUUUUUUCCAUCUUUCUGUUUCUGUGGAUUUUUGUUUUCUUGCUUGUUUUUUUUCAUGAUCAAUCGUCCCCUCUUGAUCUGUUACUUUUCUUUACUGAAAUUAGAGACUGACAAUUAUCAUACUAUAAUUGCUAAAAACUAAAUAAUAGAUUGAGCAGUUUCUAUGAUUUAUGUACAACAUUCGCUUGUAGUCUACUUUAAAAUGUGUAUACAGGUGCGGACACACACACAAGUAUGGGUGUCCAAAUGCAGGACAUUGCGCAAGCACAUGUGGGGAAAAACAGUCGUGACCCAUAUAUAUGCACACAAUACACACCUGAUAUAUCUCUAUUCUUGCUAGCUGAUGAAUUCUGCCCUGAUAUAUUCUUGGUGUGACAGUUGGUAGUGAGUUGGGAACGUUGAAAAGUGAUGGCACAGUCCUUAUCACACCAAGUCAGCUUAUUUUUCUUAGCCAACUUCAUAAACUGUUAGUAGUCAUAAUGGUCACUGCAUGAGCAGCAGCCAGACUUAAACAGGAGUGCUACAUCUUUCUUUAGCAAGUCUUCCCUCCUGAGUCUUCACACCCACUGAUUGCAUCUAUCAGUAAAAAAUCGCCAUUAAUCACACGUCUUGUACCAGCAUACUACAUGUGCAGUCUAUCUGAUCUCUAGGCUCAUUUGUUCCGUUACCAAAUCUCAUCAACAAUUCUUUGCCUAAAUCAUGAACUUUACACAAACAAUUUAAUGAAUCCACAUAUAUCAGAAAAUUAAACAACAUACUAAAUAUAUUAUCACUCUAAGACAAUACAGUAUACUUGUAGCCCAACAUUAAAAGGUUCACGCAUAUGAGCAAACACCUUUCGAUUAACCUUCUCACCGUUCUAAAUCCAGCAGACACAAUGGCUCGACCGAAGCAAGUUAAUAUAAAAGAACACUUUAUAGUUGUAUUCUGAUCCAAUUCGUAUUCAACAAAAUGGAGAUAUUUUAGUUACUGACAUUCUUAUUUUACCUGGUGCGCAGGUAAAAAAAAACCUGUGCUCUUGUAGACAGUUAUAAAGCUAAUUGGAGGCUUCGUAAAGUAGAAUCGCAUUUUGAUCUUCACUUGAAUAUCAUCGGCAAAUCCUUUCUUGACGUGACAACGAAGAAUCUGUGACCUGUCUAAACCUUGAUAAGUGGAAUAAUUUUAUCACUUCUCGUCGUCUUUCUGUAAACUGCAACCAAGUUCCUUUUUUGAAGCUCACUCAAAGGUAACUCUAAUAGGAUAGAUUUUUCAUGUUACAAGUCAUCUCUUAAGAUAUACAGCCAGAAAGACAGUUAAAGGAAACAGUUUUCGAAUUUUUAAUUGUCAGAUAUAACAUCAUGGACACCCUACACAUAUUACUUAUUUUUUGAGGUUAUAUGUUUCAAAGCCAUCUUUUCAUCUUUAUUAGAAAUAUUAUAGCUACUGUGUCCAAAAUAUUUUUCUUAUCUUUUUAAAUUAACCUUUUGAUAAACUUAUUUUGUUUAUAAAUUUGUGGUGAGGUGUUUUUCGUUCCAUGGUUUAAACUUUCGUGGUCUCUAGGUUAUUUUGUAAAUUACCAUAUGCUAUAUUUUUUCCCAAUCACAUAUGUAUUUCAACACUUUUUUGGUUAAGCAAACAUGCAAUAAGAUGCAAGACAUGCAUUGCAAAAAGCACAAUAAAAUAGUAAAUUUAAGACUAAAGGGAAGGGAGGUGCCUAGAGAGAAAGAAAAAGGAUAAGAGAUCAUACAGAGUUUUACAAAAUUUGCAUGCCAGCAGUAAAACAAGAACAAUGUAAUAAAAAUUGCAAUUCUACGAACCAUGUAAUUCUAACAAUAUAACUAAUAACAUCAGUUUUCUGAUAUCCGAGGUAAUUUUCAUCCUCGCUUGUUCCACUGUGUGCUUUAUAAUAGUGUCCAGUAGUCUGGUGAAUAAGCAGUCGUCGAAGAAGAUACAAGGCGUGCCUGGAAUACGAUUUUUUUUAUCUUUUGCCAAUGUUUUUUCAAUUGUAUCACGACUGCAGUCAGCUACUUUUAUCAGAUAGUGUCCUAGUGAUUUUGGUGUUCCUAGAUCCUGAAUGUCCAAGGUAUGAGCGAGAAUCAACUUCACAGCCUAGCCCCUGAAAAAAAAAAGAAUGAAUAUAAUUAUAAGGUUCGUAUUUCUUUCACAAUA